GCACCGUUUUGUUAUUACCUUCGAAAAACCAGUCGAUUUUGUUUCAGUCUUCAUACAGUCUUCGCUUUAACCCGUUCCAAUCUAUCCGCCGCUCUCAUAGUUAUCAGUAUACAACAACAACAACAACAACAACAGCAACAACUACAAUAACAACUUAAUAUUAAUAACUUUACAAAACAUUCUUUCAAGUGGGUUGAGUGCGUACAGUUUUUCUUCCGUGCGUCGUGUGUGAAGGUGUGUGCAUGGGCCUAAAGUGUCGUGCGCGUCCCUAAGUGCAUCCGUGUUUACCACGCGCUCGGUUAUCUUUGUGUGUGUGUCUGUUGUUUCCCCUCCCUCGUGUGCCAAAUCUUCUGCCUGCCCGGUCGAAGGAGAGCGUAGCGUGCACUCUACAGUACGGGGAGAGUUUUCCGUUGUUUCGAUUUUCACGUCGCUUCCCUUUUCCGUAAGUUACAAGUGCCCUCUCAACUACGCACCAUUUUUUUUGUUUGUUCGUGCGUGCGUGCGUGUGUGUGCUGUAAAGCAAAUAACCGCAAAAGACACCGGACAGUCUCGCCGUUUGCGCCGCGUUGAGCGAUUGACGAGUGUGAGUGUGUGUGAGGCGCAGUGUGUGCACGGCGUUGGUAGUGGUACGGCUAGCAUACCCAGCACGGGAAGGGGCCAGGAAAACGCCGCUCCGUGGGGAAGAGUCAACGCGUCGAACGCGUCGUAGGGCAGCGGCACAGACCCAUCAACGUGUGUACGACGACGCCCUUGCGCGGUGUGUCCAUUUUCACCACUACGCUUCCCCCUACCAACGCUUUCCACUACUGUCCCAAUCCUUCAUCCUCCAGUCCCAAGCAAAGCCCCCAGACACGCUUACCUUGGUCCCGUCACCCACCUUGGUCCAGCAAACCAGCAAACAAAACAAAUAAAAAAAAAAAUUAUACAAAAACUCGCGCGCGCCACGUACACGCGCGCGGCAGUGGCUGUUGUGGUUGUGGGGUGAACUACACAUUGGCAAUACGCACAAGGGCAAAGGGUAUAAAAAUUCCCUGUGCAAACAGUUCGUAUGACCGCCGUCUCCCCUGUCACAGGUUGAAUGAGAUUUUAGCCUGAAAAUCCGCACCGCUGCCGCUACUACCGAUCGCGCCCGAUAAAUCAUUUUGCCAUAGCAGCAUCUAGUGGUACCACAAAAGGGGUCGCAAAGGAUCGUUUUAAGCUCGGGAAAGGUUUUUGAUUGCACAAGAAAACCAAAAAGAAUAAAUCAUCUUUGCCCAUACCCGCGUUUGAGCGAAUGAUUCUUUCCGGCGAUCGCUGAUUGAUCGCUCGUUUCUUUCGGACUUUGGCGACUAGCAGGGCGCGCGUUCGGUGUGCAAUUUACACACACACACGUCAGGGAAGCAGCACAUAGCCCGAAGCAAGGCAGAAGCAAAAGAAAAGAUAGAAAAGAGCCGUGGUGAUAUUUUCAACUGCAAAUCAUUCUCGCAUUCUUUCCCUUUGCACACACCAUUCAUAGUGUGAGUGUGUGUCGAUAGUGAUUUUAUUCUCAUCUUCUCUGUUGUUGUUGAUAGGAAAAAAACCAAAGGGGGUUGAAUAGGGGUAGAAGCGCGUGAACGAAACGGGUUUGAAGGUAAAAAACGGCUAUCCAAGAAGAAUGAAUAGAACUCUCUAAUGAGCAGCAGCAGCAGCAGCAACACGCUGAGACUCGAAGCAGCUAACCAAAGCAACUAGCAAAAGGGAGAAGAAGGAAAAAGAGGGUAAAGAAACAUAUCAAGGAAAAGCGAUCAAGGAGGGAAACUAAGCUGAGAAAAUAGCCAAAAGCUUCAAACAGAACGGGACUGGCGUGGUGGUGGUACCGAGAUUCUUAGCUUUUUAAUGUGAUGAGCUGCUGCUGAAUGGUUACUUUUUUGUAUACGUAUUGAGGAAGUGUAUGCAUGCGUGUAUGUGUGAUAGCGUGUGGCUGUGUGUGAGAGAAAGAGCAACAAACCAAAAAAAAUAAAGCCAGAAAGGGUGCGCAAGGUGCAAACACGAAACGUGCGAAGGGUGAGAUCGUAGCAACUAAACCAGAACUGAUCCAUUGCGCGCUCGUUGCGUGUGUCGCUGUCUCUCUGGCGUUCUGAAUCGUCUGCCCAUUUUCUCUCCCGUCUACGGAAGAAGCGUGAUCAGCAGGGGUGGUGAGGAUCGAAAGCAUAGCAUAGAGUCAAAAUAAAAAUUAAAGAAAAUAAAAAAAGCGGAAGCGAGCAAACCUUGGGUCAGUUGUGUGUACGAAGGUACCACGGGCAACGAAGUGUGUAGAGUGAGAGGGAUCGGAUAAAGCAGCGGGAAAACCACGAAAGGUUGAAAGACAGGCCGCUUGAAAAAGGUUGACUCAGGUUGCGUGUUUUUCGUUCAGUCAGACAACGGUCAUCCUCCUUGGUGCUCUCUCUGUCUUUCUCGUUCUCUGUCUCGGUAUUUACUUCGCCGGCAAAGGGAGCGAAGAUAGAGCAACAUCUCACCGCGCAAGAACCUGUGCGGAGAGUGUGAAGAAGAACGCUUAAAGGCACGCUGACGCGGCAUCAACAAUACCCGCGGUUGCGACUCGCAGCGAUCGAAGAUCGUCGACCGUUGCCGAGCGUAACGUAGCAAAACCGGUUCCAGACAUAAUCAAAAAUAAUUACCAACCAAUACCAAACCAGCUCGAGCACACAGCUCCUUCGCCUGGUCUCUCUUGGUGGCGUUCUUAAAGCAGGCGAGCAACAACCCUCUUCCCAGUUUUUUUUGAGGGCGUUUGUUGUGCGUACUUCAAUCCCGUCUUGGAAUCGCUUUUUCGAUUGUCUGCGUGUGUGUAUGUGCUAUUGCAUACACACCACACGCAUACAUUCCGGAGGUGGUGAUCAUCAGUGGUCGCGUCGAUUUUGGUACGCGCGCCGUGGCUACCAGCUAGAUCCAUCCGCGGGAAGCGAAGGUGAACGGUGGGCGCACCACCGCACAACGAGCACACAGCUAGCAACAGCACCACCAGCAGCACCAGUGCCCGCGACCGCGUCCCUACUGUACCAGCAGCAGCAGCAGCAACAACCGAGUCCAGCAGUGAGUGCCAGUGCUCCCUCGGCAACCAACGUCACUGCACUGUACGCGGCCGGUUCCUCCACGAUCCUGCACGUAGAGCUUGGUCGGGCCAGUACCGGCGAACUAGUGAGCGCGUUCGCGAACGGACUUUGCUGCAGUCAGCAGUUGUGCUACUGUGGACACUGCUACCAAGGGCAGGCCGUACCGCCACAGCAGCAGCAGGGUAUCUUCCUAUCGCCGGCGGCACCAGCGCUAACCACGCAGAGCUAUCCCGCGAUACUCGCGCAGGAUCAGCAGCACCCCGUCGUCGUUGGACGGUACGCGGACAUCUCCGGUCUCAACACGAACAGUAGCAGCAGCUGCAGCAGCAGUAGUACUACGGAGCUGCUGAAUCACUCGUCCUCCCCGACGUCGUCCGGUGAGAUCGGCUACUAUACGACUGGCGGUACCGCCACCAGCACCACGUCCACACCGUACCAUCACGCGUAUCCGGCUCCGCAGCUGUUGAGCCACCAUCCCCAUCAUCCCCACCAUCCUCAUCCACAUCAUCUGCCGGCGCAUCAUCCGCAUCCGCUGCUAGUUCAGCAACCGUUCCAGCAACUCGCUCAUCAGCAGCAACAGUUGCAACUCUACCACCACUACCACCUUCACCAGCAGCAGCAGCAGCACCAGUUUCAGCAGCAACUUCAGCAGUACUUCGACAGCAGCCACAGCAGUCUCAGCAACAGCAGCGGGAGCAGCAUCGUCAGCAGCAAGACACUAAGCAUGCGAGGAAGCGACGAACUACUUAGUCAAGCAGCUGUUAUGGCUCCAGCGUCGGACAACAACAACCAGGAUCUCGCCACCAAGAAAGCCAAACUGGACAGCACCAACACAGUGAUCGGUAUGGGCAUCACGAAAACAUCGCGCGUGGUGCACAUCCGCAACAUCCCGAACGAGGUGAGCGAAGCCGAAAUUAUGCAGCUCGGGCUGCCGUUCGGACGCGUCACGAACGUGCUGGUGCUGAAGGGCAAAAAUCAGGCAUUCAUCGAGAUGGGUGAUGAGACGGCUGCCUCGACGAUGGUGAGCGUGUUCCACGCCAAUCCGCCACCGCUGCGGGGCCGUACGGUUUACGUGCAAUACUCCAACCAUCGGGAAUUGAAGAUCGAUCAAAACCAUGCAAUUGCGAACGUUACGAACGCGCUGCAAGCACAGGAUCUCACGCAGUCACCGACCGGGUCGCCGUUGCCGCUAUCGAUCGAACAUACCAACAGCAACUCGCAGAACGCCAGCAGCAACAACACGAACAACAGCUCCACGACACCGAGCAGCGGUGGUGGUGGUGGCGGUGGCGGCAGCGGUGCACCCAACACCGUGCUCCGGGUAAUCGUCGAGUCGCUGCUGUAUCCAGUUUCGCUUGACGUGCUGCAUCAGAUAUUCCAGCGGUUCGGAAAAGUGCUGAAAAUUGUCACCUUCACCAAAAACAACUCGUUCCAGGCUCUGAUACAGUAUCCCGAUGCGCAGACCGCCCAGACCGCGCGAGCAUCGCUGGACGGGCAGAACAUCUACAACGGGUGCUGCACGCUGCGCAUCGACAACAGCAAGUUGACGGCACUGAACGUGAAGUACAACAAUGACAAGUCGCGAGACUACACCAACCCGUCGUUGCCGUCCGGUGAGCCGGGCAGCGAUGUCAUCGCGAGCGCUGGCGGGCUGGUAUCGGCGAGCGAUCUGCUCCUGCUGGCGACCGGUCAGCGACCGCAGCUGUCCCGCGACCGACUAGUCAAAUUAGACAAAUCUCCCUAUUUUCUAGUGAACGGCUUAGCGACGCCGGGCGUGAUGCCACCGUUCGGGCUCGGGCUCGGUACGCCGGCACUCGCGAGUGCCUACGGUGGCGCCCUGCCCAGCCUGAACGCGUUUGCGCUCGCAUCGAACGGUGCCCUCGGAACGCCGAACCCGGCCAACGUGCGGGGACUCUCCAACGUGCUGCUCGUUUCCAAUCUCAACGACGAGAUGGUCACGCCUGAUGCUCUAUUUACCCUCUUUGGAGUGUAUGGUGAUGUACAACGUGUAAAGAUUCUCUACAACAAGAAAGAUUCAGCAUUGAUUCAGAUGGCUGAACCCUACCAGGCGUAUUUGGCUAUGACCCAUUUGGAUAAGCUUCGUAUCUGGAACAAAACGAUCCGCGUGAUGCCGAGCAAACAUCAGGCGGUGCAGCUGCCGAAGGAGGGCCAGCCGGACGCGGGACUGACCCGCGACUAUGCACAAAACCCGCUGCAUCGAUUCAAGAAACCGGGCAGCAAAAACUACCAGAACAUCUAUCCACCAUCUGCUACACUGCAUUUAAGCAACAUUCCAGCUACCGUAACCGAGGAUGAAAUCAAGGAAGCUUUCACCAAGAAUAGCUUUGAAGUGAAAGCUUUCAAAUUUUUCCCGAAGGACCACAAGAUGGCGCUGAUACAGCUCAGCUCGAUCGAGGAAGCGGUGUGCGCGCUGAUCAAGAUGCACAACUACCAGCUGUCCGAGUCAAACCAUUUGCGCGUCAGCUUCUCCAAGUCCAACAUCUAACUGCGAGCGCCCGCGUACGCGAGCGCCAAACACGGUACAUCGCCGGUACAGCUGCCAGUAGUAGUUCCACCACCACCACCACCACCACCAUCUACCCCGCCACCACCACCGCCGCCACCGCCACCACCGCCACCACCGCCACUACCAUCUGCUCGCCCGCCCACGGCAUCGCAUUCAUCAUCGAGCGGUCCCGCAUCGGUCAGCGACGAGACCAUCGCCGGAACUAACAACACGGCGUCAAACUCACCUACCACAACCACCACCACCACCUCCGCCUGCUCUUCCUCCCCACCUACAAUCACAACAACAACAACAACAACAGCGACCUCGGCAUGAUCGCGGUAAGAGACGCAGCAACAAGCACGGUACCGAACGAAACACGGUUGUUCCCCGUUUUGGUGGGGAAAGGAUAGCAAGGGUGGCUUAGCAAACAAAAACAACUGCAGCUAAAUACGAGCUAAGAAAGCAGCACAUACACGCCGUCUAUAUGAUGAGACGGGGCUCCGCCAACCGGGUCCUGGCCAAACAUGCGUUUACAGUAGCCUAACAAGAGAACGAGUCGAAUUGCACGGAGGGUGAAGAAACAAAUCUUUUUUGCAUUAUCAUACAAAACACGUGUUGUUGUAAUCCGAUUCCUCCUGCGUUAGCGUCGUGGCCCGUUGCGUAUGAUGCAAACUUGGUUUGUUUGUACUGCGUACAAUCGUCACUACUCCUGGUACUACUGCUGCUGCUGCUGUUGUUGCUGGGGCAAUCAAAUAUUGAUUAGAAUAGAAAUGAGAAUAGUAAGGAGAAGAUGAGGUACAGAGGAAUUAUGAAUCUGCAUUAGAAUCUGCACAGCAGCAGCGCAGUAGUAGGUAGUGUGGUUGCUGCAGCAAACAAAAGCGAACGCGGAACGGGAAGGAUACAGAUAAAAGAAGAAGAAGAAGAAGAAGAAAACAACAAACAAAAACACACAUAAAAAACCAACACAUAGACAGUAGAGACAAGUUACUAUUUGAACAUGAUUAAUGUAAGGUGUAGAAUGUUAGUAGUGAAACAUCUGAUGUUGUACUAUCAUUACAGGAACAUAGGUUGGAAGAGAGAACGGUGUGGAGCAAAAACUCUAUAUACACAUAUACAUAUAUAUAUAAAUCUAUAUCAUCUCUAGCUGAUAUACUUGUGCAAUGGAAACACAGAAAAGGGAGAUUUUAAUCCUUUAUGGGGACUUAUGUGUUUGUGUUUGUAUUUGUGAGUGUCUAUGUACGCGCUGGGGUUAAAAAUGCUGCACUGUAACAAUUGUGGAUAAUAGUUUGUUUGUUCAUGUUGAGUCUUGCAACUGUUACAAGCUCGAGAUCGUUCGAACCAUGGAGCAAACGAAACAAAACCUUACGCACAUACACAAACACAAAUAUUAACAAAAAAUAGCAAAAGAAACUCCUAUCCGGGCGCGCAAGUAUAGAGCAUUACACAGACACGGAAGAAAAUUCUUAUCACGUCCAUUCGAGACGAACCAAAAGCCAAGUCAUUUCAAAGCGAACAGAUCAACAGAGUGUUUAAUGGGAACAAAAUAUAUCUUUAUGUCGAAACAAAAGAAAAACAUAACAAAAAAAGGAAGAAAAUGGGAAGAAAACGGGCAUGGUAGAAAUGGUAAAAUGCGUUUAGAGAAUUGUUUAGCAAAUGCAGCACAGCAGAGAGAGAGAAGAGAGAGAGAGAGAGAGAGAGAGAGAGAGAGAGAGAGAGAGAGAUAAUGAGAGAAAACUAAAAAAUAUCAGUGACAAAAUAUCAAAAUCAAAACAAAAGAAACAAAAAUCAUUCGUAAACUGACAGGAACAAAUGAGAAGAACGGGGGGAGAGGUAAAUAGAGUGUUGUAUUAAAUUUACAUAAGAGAAAACAAACACACAUACAUACAUCAAUCAUAUACACAUUUUGCAAGCGGAGGUAUAAAGCAAGAAAAGCAAAAAGAUUCAAGAGCCAAUAUGAUGCACCACCACAGCACUGCAUACCAGGUAUGUGUGCGUGUGCCCAGUCGGUCGCCAGUCGCAUAGAACGGUAUGGGUAUAUUAUGUGCGUGUGUGUAAAAUAAUGUAAGCGAAUUUAGUAAAUUUGUAGUAGUGUUGAAGUUUGCUAGUUGAUGGAAUCAUGAUCAUGAAGCUAUUGAAGAACCCGUGUAUGUGCUGUCAGCAAAAUCCGUUUUUUCGGAGCAUGAGGAAGGCAAUCAAAUCAAUCAAUCAAAUCCCCGGAAGUGUGUGCACCUAUACAAACACACACACACAUACAGAUAGGUACCACAGAACCGCCAGAACCGCCAUCUCACGAUCGCUCUCCUGCAAAAACACCCAAUUAAAACAGAAAUAUUUAAACGUUGUUUCUUCAAACCGAAACCUACACCCAAACCAGUUACAUGUAGGUGUGACGAAAAACGAGCCGCAUUGGCAUCAUACAGAGCGUGCAGGUCGUGAGCAGAAAGAGCGCUAAGAUUUCAAUCUCGGUACCGAUAGCACAGGAUUUGGGUGGUUUUCUUGCUCGUAUCUUUCUUCGCCUCGACGUCAGAGUUUACUACGGCAUGGAAAGGGAAACGCACAGAACUGGAGGCUUUGCGUGGGUGUUAACAAAAGUUCAUAAAAAGCGAGCGAGAGAGAAAGAGUAAAGCAAAGUACAGUACAGGGACGGACAGUACAGUAUGCGCAGGGAAGGUAGGAACAGUUCAGGAUGGUGCAAGCCAGGAUUAGCGAAACCUUCAAUUCAAUUAAAAUCUACCGCGGCGCCGCUGCCCGCUAACAGGCGUAACAAAUCAGAUUUGCUUAUUCCCUUUUCCUUUAACAUCUUUACGUUUCUAUGUUACGUUUAUCGUAUUCCCAUUUCGUUCCUACUCAUGGUGCGACUUAUUCUCGAAUUUCAAAUACAUGGCAGUUGAUUUGUAAGAUCGCGUUUAGUAGUAGUAUACGGUAUGAUAAAUGAUCUUUCCUCUCGAUGCUUCAAGCAGUACAAUAGGAUUUACAAGGUCAGGAUGAACAGAGCAGAACAGGAGAUACAGCGGGUUACACCAACCGGGUAGGUAUUAUUUGACAUUUAAGGCACUGGGCAGGACAAAAGGCAGCUGGACCCUGGCGAUGGCAGGAGCUAGAUGGGGGCGAUAUAUUUGAAUUUGAAAUAAUUUUCCAGUAUUGUUUAGGGUAUCUGUUAAGAACAGGGAUUAAACGGGCACUGGGCAACCAAUUAAUGCGUAGGUUUAUUAUCGCUAUUAUUAUUAUUAUUAUAAUUAUUAUUAUUAUUAUGACUUUAAUUAUUAUUGUAAUAAUUAUGAGUACGGAGUAAGCGUUACUGCCGGUGUGGUUGUAUGUGUGCGCUGCAAUAUUUUCUCUUGUCGUCAACUGACGACUCAUUAGAUGGUUUAGGGUGGUAAACUGAUCUUGCUUUCUACCGACACAUAUUCGUUAGUUUGCUCUCGAACGGAAGAGGAGCCGUAAGAACAAAACUGCCUACCAACUGUUUUCCUUAUUUUCACUAUUCCUCACACUCCGUUUUUACUCUGCUUUAUCCCAUUUGUAUCUUCCUUUCUCUCUUUCUCUGUUUUAUAUUGUUUGCACCAAUCAUUUAGUAAAGCUGCUUUACUAAAGUUGCUCUGUGUUUGUGCAAUUAUUGUGUGUGUUUUCAAAUGCUUCCUUUUUGUGUUCACACUUUCAUGUUCGUGCUCUCUUUCACUCUUUCCCUGUGUUUCAUAUUCUUUCUGUUAUUCAAUUUACUGUACUUGUUCGUUAUUUUCUCUAUCACGUUUCUCUCUCAACUGAAUAAGAGACUUCUGUUUUUCUCUUUCAUCUUAUUUUUCUUUUGUUUUGUUACACUUAGGGUUAGCUUUAGCAAAUAGAGAUUUAUUAAAUACAGAGAGACCAAUUGAGAUUGAGAUUAUAAUACAGUUUUUUUUUCUUCUUUUUCUUUUUGUUAUUAUAUCGUCUGACGAAGACCGUGGUAAGACAAAACAAACAUGACAUCGAUUUAAGCUAAAUUGUUGUCUUAUAUUUACAAAGUGGAGCAUUCUUGUUUGAUUAAAUCAUUCCGUUUAUUCCACUGCUGAUUUCUUUUAUUUUCCCAUUUUCGGGUCUUAAAACGUUUUUUUUCUUCUUCUAUGGAAGCGUUUCGCUUAAUGGUGCAAUAUCGUUGAGAACAGCGAAUGGAAAUUUCUGUUGUAAGAAGUUUUUCCUUCCCUCUUCCCUCCUUUCCAAGAAAAAAGUAGAAAACACCCACUCUAGCAUGAGUUUUGGGAUUAAGCUUUUCUUUGUUUUUCUCUUUCCAUUUUCAAUGGCUUUUUCCUUGUGUUCAAGCAUGUAAAGAAAACACAAGCUUAACUUUUUGUUACGUACGGCUGGCGCAUUGUAUAGGUUGUAAAGAGCGAGCAAGAUUGUUUGUUGAUGUUAAUGUUUUUGGAAGCAAAAGCGACCAAACCCCGCAUGAUAGGGAUGGCAGCUUUUGUUUUGUUAGUUUGUUUGUUUGUUUGCUAAUCGAAUACAUUUCAUUCCCCGGGAAAGGAAAGCUGAUGAAAAACAGGGGUUACUACUGCUUCUAUCACAGCAUACCGUCAGCCUCAGGCGUGUUGUUUAGACGGUAGGCAUACGGUUGGGACAAUGUGAAACAAGCAACGUGAAAAUGGAAGGAUACGAACAGAGUCAGUAAUAGAAGCACCGUAACGGAAGUAGUAUGGAAAAAAAACAGGGAAACAGAGCGAGAAACAGAGCGAAACAGAGCGAAACAGAGCGAAACAGAGAAAGAAAGAAAAGAAAACGGGUUUGCUGAGAGAGAAAAAAAACCAUGAAAAAUCGAGUCAGUGAGAUUAAGUAGAAAAGUAAAUAUAUCGGCACAACAUCGGAGAUAAUUUUCUAUUUAAAAACAAAAACACACACACACACACAUCCUCACAGGAAUCAUAACAAGUUUAUUAGGCAAUUGAUGGAAAAUUUAGAACAAAAAGAAGAAAAAACUAAACAAAAAAUUAGCAAAUAAUUGAUAGCACGUGAACGCUGUUUGAAAGUCGAAAAGAAAACAUGAAGGCCAAAAGAAACAGAAAAAUAAAACGAUUAGCGAACUGUGCACAACGGAUGAUCCGCCGCAUGCAUAACGAUCAUUGAUUAGCUAGAGAUCGUGCGCAGUGGGGAACAUAACAACCCUCCCCCCCCCCCCCCCUCCCCAUUUACAACAACCCAAACCACUCAUUCACCUCCCGUGCAAAAGAGGCGUAGAUAAUCAACAGAGCAUCAACAGUAAAGGAAGCAACGGUGUUACCGAACAAAUGUAACGUUAAACGGUUAGGAGAUGAAGAGAUGGAGAGAAUCGAGAAUCAAUCAACACAGAUCGUCAUCAUUAAAACACACACUUACACACACGACCACACUUUCUUUACAAAAUAACAACAACAACAACAACAAAAACACACCUUUCUCUUUCUCUCUGUCUCUUCUUUGUAUAUCGCGCAGCUGAAGGAUGGGAAUCAAAUUAGCGAAAAAUGUGCAAACAUGCGACACGGCCUCGCUCCGUCACUACGCAUCUCAAACGAUGGACGGACGGACGGAGGCAAUUAGUGUUGCAGUUGCAGUUAGGCAGGUCAAGCGAAUCACUCUAUAUUGAACCAAAUCUCUGAACUCCUACAGGCGUGCGUACGCGAACAAUGGAGCUGUGUAAACACAACAUCUAUGUCAACCGCGAUGGAGACGCACGGUGUGUGGUUCAACUGAGAUUGAAAUAUUAUAUGUAAGAGAAAUCUCGACAAUCAGAUGAUGUUAUAUUUUAGCGAUAAAUCUUUAAACAAGAAAACCAACAAAACAAAUGGAAAAAGAAAACUGAAUGGUCUAUGAGAGCAAGCUCUAUUAUACAUAUUACACGACCCGUACCCAACACGACACAGAACCACUUCCUCUGCUUACAAAAUCGCGUAAAAACACAUACACUCAAGCACACAGCCAAACAAACACAUGCAACAGCAGCGCAGUAAACAAGGAAGAAAAGGAAAACACAAACCAUACCGAGCGUGUUGAGUGUGGGCAAACAAUGGUUGAAUCUUCUUCAUUAUGUGUAGCUUAUAUAUAAAUAUGAUAUACAAAAACCAAUCGAAAACUAUCCUUAUCUUACCCCUUAGACCAGCAGGAGCCAAGCAAGCAAGCAAGCGAACAGAACAGAACAAACAGAACAUGUAUGUGUGUGUUACAUAUUUGAAAGUUGCAAAGGAUGGUAAUGUUUCAUAUUUGAUAGAAACCCGGUCUCCUCCAUGCCCAUACGAAAACCCAAUUUGUACAUGAAGGUUGGCUUAAAUGGCCAUUUACGGAACAAUCAAAGCUAUGCUAAAAAGCAAACGAGAGACCGAAACAGGGACGAGGGGUGUGUCGGGUGAGCAACCGGAGCAGGGUUUGAAGAAGAAAGAAAAAACGAAAAACAUUUACCAGCAGCUCUCUUUGUGUAAACUUCUUCACACACACACAAACACAUACGCUCUUAUACUAUUGCUCGAUCGCGAGUAGUAUCUUUGUUCACGCGCCCUCCUCACACGAUGCAUGUACGGGAAAAGGGUACGAUAGAAGAGCGAGAAAACGCUCGCUACGCUAAAGCGAUACAAUUAUCCAUUUGUGUUUGGUUUUAAGAUUCGCGUCUUUUUUUUCUUUUUUUUUCUUUUUAUAUGGAUUUUUAUACUUUUCACUAUUUACUAGCCAUAAGUUUUCACUAUAAGAAGAUCGAUCGUUUACAACAUAAGCCUCCGGGGGAAGCAAACAAAACCAGAACAGAAUUACAGCAAGCUGCUACUAUUGCUACUAAUGUACUAUCUACUAUAAAUUACUAUAACUACUACUAUCACUCGACACUAUUAUUACUUCUUUUUCCUCUACUAUUACUACGUCGUCUACCACUACUACUACCACUACUACUACUAUUACUACUACUACCACGCUAUUACACUAUCACUAUUGAAAGCAUCUAUUCCAAUCUUUACCUCGCUCUCUCUCUCUCUCUCUCUCUCUCUCUCUCUCUUUCUUUAUCGCUUUAUCCCUUUCUCCUCGCCACAAUUUCUCUUUCAUGCUCUGACCUGUGUGUGUGAUAAAUCGUUUAUUAUGACUCGCACACAUGUACUAAACAAUCGCUUCGCCACAUUCUUAGAGCAUGGAACGAUUACAGUACAUUGGCUUCACGGCCAACACGGGCAGCGGCAUUUCUCAAGGUGAGGUUUGCAUUCAAGAUUUGAUUUACCCUUACCCACACCCCUCCCCCCUCCUGGUUCUCUCCUCAACGUAAAAUAAAA